UCAUCAGAGACAACAACAUGACUAAUCGUGUAACAAUACGAGUCAUGUGAUCAAACACUUUCAGCCCAAAAUAAGAAAUUACAAAAAGAAAAUGAAGCCUAUUUUUAAGGGCAAUUAGGAUUUAUUGCAUUGUGACAUUACUUUUAUGACAAUUCAGCACAUUUUCCUCCAAAUUCUCAUUGAAUAUAAUACGGAAUUUUUAAAAAUAUUAUUAUUAUUAAAGCAGCCUGAAUUAAAGUUAGUACAACAAAUACUACCAUAGUAUGUAAAUACAAUAUAAUUUAAUAUAUGUUUUUUAAUAAAAUUGUGCCAGGUGAAUAGCGCUGACUUCUGUGAAUAAAGCGUAAUCUAUAAAAAGCCUCAUCUGCAUAGAAAUGAGGUGUGAUUGCGCUGCAAAGUCUUGGUCUACAGAAAAUAGGUAUUGUCUGAACGUUUAGAAGCUCUACUUUCCAAUGCAUGUAGACAUUGAGGGCUUUGAAAUUUACAGAUAAAUCAGAAGUGUUCCGUUUUGAUAAUUUAUAAAACCAUUGCACUGUACAUAUUAUUGCAAUCAGUAAAAGCGUCAAACUGAUCAAAUAGCCAUGUGUCAUAUGUUGUUGGAAAGCUCUCAAAGAGUAGAAUACAACCAGCAUAUUUGUUUUACUCACAGACAAAAAUAUAGUGAGAUAUAGUGAUUGAUGUGAACAUUAACUGAAGCUCCUGACCCGUAUCUGCAUGAUUUUAAGCACUGCACUGCUGCCACACGAUUGGCUGAUUAGAUAAUCGCAUGGAUGAUUGUUGGUGCCAGAUGGGCUGGUUUGAGUAUUUCUGGGAUUUUCACACACAACAGUCUCUAGAAUUUACUCAGAAUGUUGCCAAAAACAUAAAACAUCCAGUGAGCGGCAGUUCUGUGGAUUGAAACGCCUUGUUGAUGAGAGAGGUCAACAGAGAAUGGCCAGACUGGUUUGAACUGAUAAAGUCUACAGUAACUCAGAUAACAGCUCUGUACAAUUGUGGUGAGAAGAAUAUCAUCUCUGAAUGCUAUUCUGAGAUGCGGGUUGGUGCUGUUUUGGUGGCACGUGGGGGACCUACACAAUAUUAGACAGGUGCUUUUAAUGUUGUGGCUGAUCAGUGUAUGUCUUUGACAAUUAUGUUACGUUUUCACUUAUAACUUCAAGAAAAAUAAACUGAACAUAAAAUAUCACAAACCAUUAUUUAGAGGAGGUGAUUAUCUUUCAAACGAGUCCACACACAAGAUAAUCAGAUGUAUAGAUCAUUAGAUAAUCCACAUGAAGCACAAUGUUACAUAUGACCACCAGGAGAUGGCGCCAAAUACAUGAUACAGACUCAAUGAUGACUCAAAUGGCACAGAAUGAAACUCAUUCUGUGAAAUCUCAUUACUAAAAUCAUGUGUGCAUGCUAUGCAAACCUUUAGUCAUUGUUGUGUUUGCAUGUGUAAUUAGUUCUUAUGUACAAUUAUUAUGUUUUAUUUGUUUGGAGAGGCUUUUGGACACUAUAAUAAAUUAUUUUUGUAAUGCUAUAACUUUUAAUUUGUUUGUCGUCAAAAACUUUUCUCAGAUACAGUUGACAUGAUUGGAACAAAACAAAAGCAGUUUUUCGGAGCCACCUUAUUUACACCCAGAGAUAUAUAAUGUCAAAUCAGAAUAAUAAGAAAAAAAGUAAGUUUUUGGCUCAAUUUUGUUUUGUGAUUUAUUUUUUUCAGCAGUUUCUUAGGCUGAGAGUCUCAGAAUGUAUUAUGAUCUAUAUCUUUAAAAAAUGCCAAACACUUCAGCCUCCUUGUUUUGUUUUUGUUGUCGUCGAGUUAUAAGCCUUUAAUUUUGGGUAUGCAACUGAAACAGGAAAUCUUUAAAAACACCUUCAGAGCUUAAUUAAAGAAAAGGAGGGACGAGUUGAAAUUAAUUUUUGUGUUGAUCAACAUUAUGCCACAAAUUCUGUUGAGUGAUCUGAACUUGUAUUGAACCCAGAAUAUUCCUUUAAUUCUCCUCCUUUACAGAAAAUGUUACUUUACCAUUAGACUUGCCAUGAAAUCAUAAUUUUCACACCAGUGCAGUGUUCAUGUUCAAACCGACCAACUUUUACCGCUGGUUGGACGCUAAGUGGUACUAAGGGGUAAUUUUCAUUAAGCUAUAGCCUACACAAUAAUGCAAGGCAGCUUGAUUUCAAACUUUGAACUUUAUUUUUUAUUUAUUUUAACUAAAAAUUCUAAUGAAACUGAAAAAAAAAUGAAGUGCAAUUAAAGUGUUCAACUUUUUGAAAGAUGGUUUUUCAACAGUGUGAAGGGCAACAUCUCUUUGGCAACGAGCCGACUUCAUCUCUCCAUCAUGGGCGACCGGUCGGGUAUUUCGUUGUACGGGCAAAUACCUCACUUAUUAUGGGUAGUUGUGGGUUUAAUGUUGGUGUUUUAUUACCUUUCACCCCAGGACCCAGUUUAGGUAAUGACUUUGAAUGUGUGUGAAUACAUUCGUUUUGUUCCCUCCUAGGGCUGGAACUGUGACAACAGGCGGAAAAUUACUAAUACAAAUUAAGGUCGAAAAACUAUAAGAAAUAAUUAUAAUGAUGAUAAUAAUCACUGAAAUAUAAAUCAUGGUUCGAAUUGAACGUGUUUUGGUAUUUUAUGAUUUAAUCACAGAUGUAUAGGCUGCAGAGUUGCGUUCACAAUGAACUGUUCUGUGGAAAUAAAGCGAACUGAACUCAAAGCUCCUCCUGAGAUGAGAUAUCUGAGGUCAUUUGCAGCACUCGUAGAUGAUACUGUUCUUGCAGAAAAAUUUCAGAAAACUGAAACAAAGAAAGAGUUAGAACCCUUUACAUACGCAUGUUGCACGAGACUGCACGCCUCCGAGCAAACAGCGCGUCAGACGUGCAUAGAUGGCUUUUCUGUCAUCUUUUGACUUUUUACUGGGAUCGGGAAAGGACCUCACGAGCCGGGACUGGAGCUCGGGUCGCCCGUGAUGCAUCAGCACCACGUCACAAGCGCAGCCCUCCUCAUGAAAUUAACUUUUAAAGGAGAAGUGUGUCAUUUCUGCACCAUUAGUGGCAUCAAAAGGAAUCGCAGAAAUAAUCACUGUUUUUAAACUCUCUUAACAUCGUGUCCAGCCCCAAACUCAAGCCAUUGGUUGAGUCGGAAUUUGACGUGUCGGGCUGCUCUAACAAAUGGAUGAAUGUUUGGAAAGCAUCACAGUAAUUCAAACUACCAAUGGAUUACUGAUAGUAAACAGAGAUAUCAGCGUUUAAACAACAAAGACAUUUUCAGAUAGUCUCCACAGUCUGCAGUACACUUGGGCAUGUAAUAUAAUGUGAAAUGACAAUAGAGUCAUAACAGAAGCUCAUUUGUUUUUGUAAGAUGGAGCAGACGGGGAAGUCGUACAUGUUUGCCAGUCUGAUGCGUCCUCACUCCGAGCAGCUCCUGCAGGGUCUGCAACUCCUGCGACAGGACCGUGAACUCUGCGACAUCGUACUGCGGGUGGGAGACGCCAAGAUCCACGCUCACAAAGUGGUGCUGGCCAGUAUCAGCCCGUAUUUUAAAGCCAUGUUCACAGGGAACCUGUCCGAGAAAGAGACGUCUGAGGUGGAGUUCCAGUGUAUCGAUGAAGCUGCGCUCAAGGCGAUUGUGGAGUACGCCUACACAGGAACAGUGUUCAUCUCACAGGAAACGGUGGAGUCCCUCCUUCCUGCUGCCAAUCUCCUGCAGGUCAAACUGGUUCUGAAGGAGUGCUGCAGCUUCCUGGAGAGUCAACUGGACGCGGGGAACUGCAUCGGAAUCUCACGCUUCGCCGAGACAUACGGCUGUCACGAUCUGUGUCUUGCGGCCACCAAAUUCAUCUGCCAGAACUUUGAGGAGGUGUGUCAGACGGAGGAGUUCUUUGAGCUGACGCGAUCGGAGCUGGAUGAGAUCGUCUCUAAUGACUGUCUGAACGUCCUGACGGAAGAGACAGUGUUUUAUGCGCUGGAGUCGUGGAUUAAAUACGACCCGACGGAGCGGCAGCAGUACCUCGCGCAGCUCCUGCACUGCGUCCGUCUGCCAUUGUUGAGUGUUAAGUUCCUCACACGACUCUACGAGGCCAAUCACCUGAUCCGUGACGAUCAUGCCUGUAAACAUCUGCUCAACGAGGCGCUGAAAUAUCACUUCAUGCCUGAACACCGGCUCUCUUACCAGAUGGUUCUGUCCAUGCGGCCACGCUGUGCUCCGAAAGUGCUGCUGGCGGUCGGAGGUAAAGCCGGACUCUUUGCCACACUGGAAAGUAUGGAGAUGUAUUUCCCUCAGACGGACUCUUGGAUAGGUCUCGCUCCACUCACGGUUCCACGCUAUGAGUUCGGCGUGGCGGUUGUGGAGCAGAAGGUGUAUGUUGUGGGUGGAAUCGCGACACACAUGCGUCAGGGCAUCAGUUACCGGCGUCACGAGAGCAGCGUUGAGCGAUGGGACCCCGACAGCAACACAUGGUCAUCGGUGGAGCGUAUGGCUGAAUGCAGGAGUACUCUGGGUGUGGUGGUGCUGGCAGGUGAGCUGUAUGCUCUCGGUGGGUACGAUGGGCAGUAUUACCUGCAGUCUGUGGAGAAAUAUGUGCCUAAAGUCAGAGAGUGGCAGCCGGUGGCACCCAUGACCAAAUCACGCAGCUGUUUCGCCACCGCCGUGCUGGACGGCAUGAUUUAUGCCAUUGGAGGAUACGGCCCUGCACACAUGAACAGCGUGGAGCGGUACGAUCCGAGCAAAGACUCAUGGGAGAUGGUGGCGGCCAUGGCUGAUAAACGGAUCAACUUUGGCGUUGGCGUGAUGCUCGGCUUUAUAUUUGUUGUGGGGGGGCACAAUGGUGUUUCUCAUUUAUCCAGCAUUGAGCGAUACGACCCCCAUCAAAACCAGUGGACAGCCUGUCGACCAAUGAAUGAACCCCGCACAGGUGUGGGCUCUGCUGUGGUGGAUAAUUACCUGUAUGUGGUCGGCGGUCACUCAGGCUCGUCGUAUUUGAACACAGUUCAGCGUUACGAGCCGAUCACAGACAGUUGGCACGACUCCAGCGGAAUGAUGUACUGUCGCUGUAACUUUGGCCUGACUGCCCUUUGACCCCGGCCGUACAGGUCAAAUCAUAGACUCUUAUCAUAGAGCAGGAAGAGAGAGACUACACUCAUCCGCUGACGUUUUGCUCCACAGCGCCACACACUGACGCUCACUUGGAGGAUUGAUGACAUGUGAGGAUGAUCGACCCCCACACGAGCACUUGUGAUCAUGUGAUCAGUGCAAAUGUGGAGAGACUUCCACAAACAUCCAGAAGACGCAGAGCGGCGGGAAAACUGUUGCGCGUGUACACACGCCUCUGAGCACUUUCUCCACUUUACAUUAAAAGGCUUCUAUUGAGAGGUGUGUUUGUUUGUGUGUGUGUGUGUGUGUGUGUGUGUGUGUGUUUUCUUUAUGAAACUCUCAUACUGAUUGGUGCUUAUUGACUCUUCAGGAUUCUGUUGUUUUAGUUUUUGAAACUUGAUUUUCUGUCUGUGAGUUUGUGUUCAGAUGAAAUGCUCAAAGAAGCAUCACGCAAUAACAUUCUUCAGCCCGUCAGAACCUGCAUGAAUGUCAAAAUCAGUUGAUUGAAUUCAUACAGACAGCUGUCAAUCAUCUCAGUGAUUUACUCAAAGACAUCUUUAACAAAUGAAAUGUGCUUUAUUUUCAGUGUUUGGGAUUCAAACAUAUUUCAUAAGUGCCAAAACAUUCCAUCUCCAGUUAGGACACUUGGAACAGGGCGGCAGCAUUUGUACACUUCUGUCCAUUUCAUUUCCUGAAUUCUCUCAUGACAUUCCUUCAUUUGAUCCGGUUUCAGGCCCAAACUCAUUUCACACUUGAACUGAACGAGACUGAUGUGAUUUCACAUGAAUAUAUUAAUGCAUCUGUUAAUAUUUGCAUGAGAUGAAAGUAAAGACAGAAUUCUGCACUUACCAAACCAUUUUAUACUUUGUAAAUACUAAAAGGCAUUUAGACGAUGCAAUAAUGACUUUUUUAUUUGGUUUAUUUUGGUCAUCUAAUUGCCAAGGUGUUUUUGAAAUACUGCAACUGACUUGAAUGGCACAUAGUUUUCAUAGUUUUAGUUUGUGGUUUUAUGUUGCUCCUUGUUAUUAUUAUUGACUUUCAUUAUUUUUGGAUCUGAACUGCCUUUAGAAACAUGAUGUUUUGCAUUGAUGAUGAGAAAAUGAAUUGGUCAUGUGAUUUAUUAGUUUGUUAUAAAGUAAAACCACUCAGA